CUCCGAUUACUCUUUGCGUCGUAAAACGUUACUUAAUGGCGACAAUUUUUAUUCGAGCAUUCUUAUUUACCUUGUAUGGAAAGUUGAUGCAUAAUUAAUGAACCAGGCGUCUCUGCGUCUUAUACCUGGUCCAACGUGCCCAAUUGUCAGUCUUCCGUUGGCAUUGUAACGUGCAGGUCGAGCAACAUCGAUCAUGUUAUCUAAGUGGCUUCUAGUAUUUCUUCUGGCCUUAGAACUCCAGAACAGUUCUGCCAACAAUUACUUCAAUAAUCAUAUCGAUGUAACCAAACUCAACAUUCCGUUGACAUUCUACAAUCCGAACACGGGAUUGACAUUGACCGGUGCACUGGAGAAGAUCGGUCGUAAUCCUUUUCUUGGGAUUGGUUUCCGUGGUGUAGAAUGCGCCUGCAAUCAUAAUUUCACGUGUAGCUGCUGCAGUAGUAUCAACAUAACUAGAAUAAAUUUUGAGCGUCAUGCUUGCGGUAAUGUAAUAUUUUACCCUCAAGACCUCGCCUUCAAGUUAAAUCUUGUAAUAAACGAGAGAGAAAUUCUUGCUGCAGGUCCUAUAUCUUUUAGGAAUCCACCAGUGUUUUGCGUGCCAUAUCCUCCAUUCGCCAAUUUCUGCGUGCGUAUCUUCGAUAUCUCCGUGGACGGCAAUAAUCUGCAUGCAUGCGUUGAUUUCGAGAUACGUGUGUUAUCAACUUGGCCGCUUCUGAUUGUGCAUUUCGAUUGCAUAAAACUUGGCGCGGAUGGAAUCGCUUGGAUGAAGCCCGAAAAUGGUAGUAACGUCCCCCUUGCGAUCCAACCAGAAGUGAACGGACCGGAAAUAUAUGACCAAGUGGACUUUGAGCCAAUUGAAUUUCCAAACAAUCAUACUUGGAAUAUGACGCUUGAGGAGGAAAAUAUCAUCGGCCAGUUGAAGCUGUAAUAUCUGUAAAAUUGUAAUGUUGUAUGCAUAUAAAAAAAUAUUAUUAUACUGUAAAUGUAUUUAUUAUAUCAUCGUAGUUAAUAUAUUUUAUUUAUUGUUGUAUACAUGCAUGUAUUUGUGAUACAAACAUAUACAUAUAUACAUAUAUAAAAUGUACAUGUAAUACGCGAAGUUUGUCUCGUUAUUAAAUAAAAUACUUAAUGUAUGUAAGUAUUACCUAUAAC